CGGAGACCGAGCCUUCCUCGCCUUCCUCCCCUCUUUCCUCUCUUUAAACUCCUCGCCCCCUCCUCCCCUACCCGAGUGGGUGCAUCCGGAUCUCUUCCUCUCGCCCCUCUUCCGCAAAGAAGAGGGAGCGCGGCCCACCUCCGCCGUUAGCCUAGCAUCACCUUCCUGCUUCCGUUCGACGAGCCAGGGCGAGACCACGUUGCCCCGUCGAGGUGAAGAACCAUGGCAGCGCUGCAGGAGACCGCGGCAACGCGGUCUCUCGCGGGCUUCUUUCUCCUCCUCCUCCUCCUCGUCCUGCCCAGCACCGACGCGGCUCGCCAACUCACCGACCAACAAGGGGUGUCCUACGAUGGCCGCUCGUUGAUCAUCAAUGGGAGGAGAGAGCUGCUCUUCUCGGGGUCGGUCCAUUACCCUCGAAGCACGCCUGAGAUGUGGCCGGACAUCAUCAAGAAGGCUAAGGAAGGCGGGUUGAACACGAUCCAAACAUAUGUCUUCUGGAACGCCCAUGAGCCUUUGUAUGGCCAGUUCAAUUUCGAAGGAAGAUAUGACUUGGUGAAAUUUAUCAAGUUGGUGCAAGCGCACGGGAUGUAUGUGACCCUUCGGAUCGGCCCCUUCAUUCAAGCAGAAUGGAAUCAUGGAGGGUUGCCUUAUUGGCUCAGGGAGGUCUCCAACAUCACUUUCCGAACAAACAACCAACCUUACAUGUCCCAUAUGGAAAGGUUUACAAAGAUGAUUGUGCAAAAGAUGAACGAUGAGAAGCUAUUUGCCCCUCAAGGAGGUCCCAUCAUUCUAGCACAGAUCGAGAAUGAAUACAACAAUGUGGCACGGGCAUUCCAAGGUGGCGCUGAUUACAUUCAGUGGGCCGGUAACAUGGCUGUUGGGCUCAACGUCGGAGUCCCAUGGGUGAUGUGCAAACAGAACAAUGCUCCUGGUCCAGUGAUCAACGCAUGCAAUGGAAGGAACUGUGGAGAUACUUUUGCAGGGCCUAACCAUCCGAGCAAGCCUGCCUUGUGGACUGAGAACUGGACUGCUCAAUAUAGAGUAUUUGGUGACCCACCAUCUCAAAGAUCAGCAGAGGAUCUGGCAUACUCUGUGGCACGCUUCUUCUCAAAGAAUGGCACACUCACAAACUAUUACAUGUAUCAUGGAGGAACCAAUUUUGGGAGGACUGGUGCUGCCUUUGUGAUGACUAGAUACUAUGAUGAAGCCCCACUUGAUGAAUAUGGUUUGCAGAAAGAGCCCAAAUGGGGCCAUCUGAAGGACUUACAUAAUGCGCUGAAGUUGUGCAGGAAGGGAUUGCUAUGGGGGACUCCUUCUGUCCAAAAAUUUGAUGCUGGUUUUGAGGCUAGAUUGUAUGAGAUACCUGAGAGUAAAGUUUGUGUUGCCUUCCUAACAAAUACCAAUGCGAAAAAGGAUGGUGUUGUGAAUUUCCGAGGUGUGGAGUACUAUCUGCCUCGCCACUCCAUCAGCAUCCUCCCAGACUGUAAGACCGUUGUGUUCAACAGUCAGCAGGUUAAUUCUCAGCACAAUGCCAGGACAUUUGACGUAGCGAAGGCGACAAAGGAGAACAACCAGUGGCAGAUGUACACAGAGCAUAUUCCAACCACCCGUGAUGCCAAUGUCUCAGCAAAAGGGCCCCUGGAACUUCUGAACAUGACCAAGGACACCACAGAUUAUCUCUGGUACACAACAAGCUUCAAGUUGGACGACGAUGAUUUACCUAUGCGACAUGACAUCCGCCCCGUGCUCCAAGUAUCAAACCUUGGCCAUGCUAUGCAUGCCUUUGUGAAUGGCAAAUUCAUAGGAUCUGGACAUGGGACCAAAAUCGAGAAGAGUUUUGUCUUCCAGAAGCCGAUGGAUCUAAAAGCAGGAGUCAACCAGAUAGCCAUUCUGGGAUUGACAGUAGGAUUGCCGGAUAGUGGAGCAUACUUGGAACACAGGCUUUCUGGUGUUCAUACCGUCGUCAUCCAAGGUCUCAAUGCCGGCACAUUGGAUCUGUCGCAGAAUCUGUGGAGGCACCAGGUUGGAUUGACCGGAGAGAAUCUGGGCAUUUUCGAUGAGCAAAGAGCGAACGCUGUCAAGUGGGAGGAGGCUCAGAGUGACACUGCAGUCACAUGGUACAAGAGAUACUUCGAUGCUCCUUCGGGGAACGACCCGGUCGCCGUGGACAUGAACUCCAUGGGGAAAGGACAGGUGUGGAUCAAUGGCGAAAGCAUCGGUCGCUUCUGGGUCUCCUACCUCAGUCCUCUCGGCAAGGCUUCUCAGUCAAUCUACCACGUGCCGCGGUCGUUCUUGAAGCCGAAGAACAACCUGAUGGUCGUCUUCGAGGAGCACGGUGGGAAGCCGAAGGACAUUGUGAUCCUAACGGUGAAGCGGGACAACAUCUGCACCUUCGUGUCGGCACAGCACCCGGCGCAGAUCGGGACGUGGUCGAGGGAGGACAGCCAGAUCCGGAGCGUCGUGGGCGACGCCAAGCCGGAGGCCCGCCUCAAGUGCGGGGAGAAGAAGGUGAUCCGCUCCAUCGUCUUCGCUAGCUUCGGGAACCCCGACGGCAUGUGCGGCAACUUCACCGUUGGCAGCUGCCACACGCAGCAGGCCAAGAGCGUGGUCGAGAAGGCCUGCUUGGGGAAGGAGUCCUGCGCACUGCCGGUCUCGGCGGAGGCAUACGGCGCGGACGCUGGGUGCCCGGGGACGACGGCCACUCUCGCAGUCCAGGCCAAGUGCGCCCGGAAGAGCAAGCAGGAUUGAUCUCUGCGGUCUCUUCGAGUGCAGAUGGAGAGUGUUGCUGAUAGUACCACCAUGAACAGUCGAUCUGAUGGAAUCUUGAGGACUAAGUCUUCCUUGUCGACAUGGAGAUGGAGAUGAUGAUGAUUCGUGAGCUUGCUUUGUCUCGGUAGCAAGUGUAGUCUUGUGUACUACGCUACCAAUUUGGAGAUCUUUAUUAUAAUGGU